AUGAGCUUCAAGUCUCUCCUUGUGUGUCUACUCGUGCUUAGCCUCUCAGAGGUCGUCAGGUCGGUAUCGCGUCUAGGGAAACGCGACUUUGAACGCCUCUCUGCAGAAGCCAUAGAGGAGCUCGCCGCGCAUCCUGAUCCUGUACGCAACAUUGACCCAUCCAAUCCUUCGUCUCACCUCUCCAAAAUCCUUAUACCGCGCCCUCCGGAUACGGAGAACAAUACCAUCGUGCGAGAGUAUAUUGUCUCGACACUGAAGGACCUCAACUGGCAUAUUGAAGAGGAUUCUUUCAACGGCACGACACCCUAUGGUGUCAAACGUUUUACCAACGUGAUCGCCACCAAAGACCCGGCCGCAUCGCGCAGGGUGAUUCUUGCUGCUCAUUUUGACAGCAAGUUCUUCUCGAAUUACCCGGAUAGUCAGUUUGUGGGUGCAACUGACUCCGCUGCCCCAUGUGCUUUCAUGCUAGACGUUGCCGAGACCCUGAACCCCCUGCUCGAGGAUCGACUCGAGAGACUACGAGACAGCGAGGAUGACGACGACGACGGCGACGACUUGUCAGAUACCACCCUCCAACUCGUGUUCUUUGACGGCGAGGAGGCGUUCAAAGACUGGACUGCGACUGACUCAAUCUAUGGAGCGAGACAUCUCGCAGAAAAGUGGGCCUCAACAUAUAUUACGUCGGAAACACAUACAAAGCGGCGCCUGACUCGGUGGUCACAAGACACUGAGCUCUCGACCAUUGAACACCUCAUCCUACUCGACCUGCUUGGAGCGCCGAACCCUCUCAUACAGUCUUCGUACAUUGAUACUGCCUGGCUCUUCGAUGAAAUGAUUUCAGCAGAGCAGCGCCUCAUGUCAAGCGGUGCAUUCGACUUUCAAGGCGAAGGCAGUGUACGCAGCUUCUUCAUUUCGCGGACCGAUGGCGGCCACUUCUGGGGGCGAGUAGAGGACGACCAUGUACCUUUCCUUCAGCGAGGUGUUGAUGUGCUGCAUGUCAUUGCUACACCUUUCCCAAAAGUGUGGCACACAUUGGCGGAUGAUGCCUCUGCUCUCGACAUACCUACAAUGCGGCGCUGGGUACUCAUCCUUCGGGUGUUUAUGAGCGAAUACCUCGGUUUGAUCCCAGAAAGCAAUCAGCGUCGGUCCCCCGUCCAGAAGGCCACGGAUGAUCUAGUAAGUGCAUUUUUACGUACUUCCCAGCUACGCUCACGCUGCACUAGUAGCACUGGAACAAGACGGCAGUAUCGAGUGCAGACACAAGGAUAG